UCACUCUAAUGACGUCACUCGCAGAGUUGUCAUGGCGUCUUUGGGAUUGAAGCUGCUGCUGCUGCAACUGAGCUAAAAUCUGUCGACAGUCUGUAAAUCGAAAUGGAGAAAAAUGCAAACCUGCAUCGAGACACUGACGGGAGCUCUUUGUGUGCCACGAUUGCGGGAGAGAUGGGCGAUGUUACGGCUGUCGGCGGAGUGAAAGGAACAGCCGAGAAAUGCAAGAAUAGUGAGGCUCCUCUCAGUACUUUGGUUAACGUUAGUUGUAAUAACAGCACCACAAAUGUAAGUGCUCCCAGCGCCGUUAAUGCAAUUUCCAGUGCUGGAAAGUCUGGCGUACCAGAAGUGAUCCAAGUCCUCCCAGUGCAGGAGGAUACAAAGAACACCAACACGAGCGGGUCCGGGGAUCAGAUCAGUAACGGGAUGGAGAAUGACUCGGAGCUGGCUGCAGAAGAUAGCGAGGGUGGUGCCUCAAAGUUAGUAAACAACAAAAUCGACGGCCCGUCCUCACCUCCCGCUAAGGAGGGUACAGAUGUGCAGGCUGUGGUCGUGGCUUGUGAAGAAAGUAAACCGACAAAACUUGCCAAACCGACUAAUCUGUGUCCGGACAAUGCAAUCGCAGCAAACGUCAAGCCGGGGCUGUCCGGUGAUCACACCUUAUCGGAGGGAUUGCCGAGUGGGAGUGACCCCGAUCACAGCCUCGGUGUAGAGUCCCGAAGCAUAGAUUCACUCGAGUCCUUCUCCAACCUCAACUCCUGCCCCAGCUCCGACCUGAACAGUGAGGGACUGGAGGACAGAGGACUGGCCCUGGCCCUGCAGGGCGAGUACGGGGCUGAUGGGACAAAGACUUCGUGUGCUAAGGACCGGGCCGCCGGCCAGUCCAUAUACCACAUUAAGUGGAUCAAGUGGAGGGAGGAGAAUACGCCGAUCAUCACCCAGAACGAGAACGGCCCCUGUCCAUUACUGGCAAUUAUGAAUGUCCUACUGCUUGCAUGGAAGGUUAAGAUGCCACCUAUGAUGGAAAUUAUAACUGCUGAGCAACUGAUGGAGUAUCUUGGAGACUACAUUCUGGAAACCAAACCUAAAGAGAUAUCGGAGGCUCAGCGGCUAAACUAUGAGCAGAACAUGAGUGAUGCCAUGGCAGUGUUGCACAAGCUGCAGACAGGUCUGGAUGUGAACGUGAAGUUCACAGGGGUGCGAGUCUUCGAGUACACCCCAGAAUGCAUUGUGUUUGAUCUGCUCGACAUCCCUCUCUACCACGGCUGGCUGGUGGACCCCCAGAUGCAAGACAUUGUCAAGGCAGUGGGCAACUGCAGCUACAACCAGCUAGUAGAGAAGAUAAUAUCCUGCAAACAGUCAGACAACAGCGAGCUGGCAGGAGAAGGCAUUGUUGCAGAGCAGUUUCUGAGCAGCACAGCCACUCAGCUUACGUACCACGGCUUGUGUGAGCUCACCUCCACCGUACAGGAGGGAGAGCUCUGUGUCUUCUUUAGGAAUAACCACUUCAGCACCAUGAUCAGAUACAAGGGCCAGCUGUAUCUCCUGGUUACAGACCAAGGUUUCCUGACCGAGGAGAAGAUCGUCUGGGAGAGUCUGCACAACGUCGACGGAGACGGCAACUUUUGUGAUUCCGAGUUCCGGUUGCGGCCUCCCUCCGAUCCAGAGACUGUGUAUCGCGGCCAGCAGGAUCAGAUAGACCAGGACUAUCUGAUGGCGCUGUCACUGCAGCAGGAGCAGCAAAGCCAGGAUCUACAGUGGGAGCAGCUCCCCGAGGGCAUCAGCGACCUAGAGCUGGCAAAAAAGCUUCAGGAGGAGGAGGACCGACGAGCCUCCCAGUACUAUCAGGAGCAAGAGCAGGAGCAGGCGGCGGCGGCGGCAGCAGCAGCAGCGCAGCAGGGCCAGCAGGAGCCUGCCGAGGGAGACGAGGGGGACAGAGGCGGUGCAGGAGCAGGCGGAGCAGCAGCCGGUACUGGGACGGCAGCAGCAGCCGGAGCCACACCCAGCCCAGAGAAAAAACAGUCCUCUAGCGGGGAGCGCAAAGCCAAGAAAGAAGCGAAGGAUAAAGACAAAUGUGUUAUUUUGUAACAUACAGCCUGUCUGUGUGAGUGUGAGUGUUUUAUGCAUUUGCUUAUCUGUGAUAAGGGGACAGCAUUUGUUUCUCCACGGACUGGACACACAAUGCCCAGCCCCCACUUGAUGACAAACAAGGGAAGGAGACGUUUUGAGGAGAGACUAACAGAGGGUUUGCUGUUCCCAAACCACUGGUGCCUGCUAUCCUCUAUCCUCAGUGGAACCUGGACAUCAGAGGAAAGGACACUACAACGACAACUACCCCUGGUCUUUCAUAGAGUCGGCCAAACUUUGUUACAAGUUGCACAGUGCACUAUAUUUGUGAUGUGGAGUCAAGUUGAUUUGGGGUGGUAUAUUUUAUAGCAAAAGAUAUAAUCUGAAGAAACAAAAUGUCACCCUUGCACGAUGUUCUUUUCCGAAAAGAAAGUAUCAUUAAUUUCACUCAUUUUUCAUUACUGCAGCUCAUAAACCUUUUUUUGUACGUAUCAAUAUUCACGAAACUUAUAUAGACAGACGUGCGUUUUUUAAGUUGAUGCCAAGAUUCACAUUUUAUUUAUUUAUCUGUGUAAGAGGUAUCUUUUGGGAGAGGUUUUAUUUUUUUCUGCAAACUGAGAGGGAUUUGCUCAUAAUGUUGCCAGUUGGAAAUCCGUGUAACACUAUUUGUCCCCUCCGAAACACUAUGUACCUAAGGGUUAAUUAAUGCCAGAUAGCUGCCAGACACUGUAGCUACGGAACAAUAUUCAUCACAGCUAGCCCUGUUCAGAUUUGCCUUACCAGAGUAUGGCAGUGUUGUAUUCUGCUCUGUUUGAAUGUGAAUGUGAAUGUGUGUUUGUUUUCAUGCGUUCGCUAUGUACAGUACACGUGCGGAAUCCUUGUCUCAUUUACCGAGCAACACUGAUGUAACAAGUUACAAUUUGGGAAAAGCCAAAUCUUUUACGCUGUAUUAGUUCAGCUACAAAUACAGAUUUCAACAGGAGUUUUGUCUGUUUCUGCGUGAGACACAACUAGCUUUUGGCAGAUUUGAUUUUGUGUUAGAAGUCACCCAGUUUCGAGUGUAUAGUAGUUCUGAAAGGCCAUUUUCUUUCACGCAGUCUCUUCUUGCAGCUUCCUAGAGGAGGGAGAGUGUGUGUGUGUGUGUGUGUGUGUGUGUGUGUGUGUGUGUGUGUGUGUGUGUGUGUGUGUGUGUGUGUGUGUGUGUGUGUGUGUGUGUGUGUGUGUGUGUGUGUGUGUGUGUGUGUGUGUGUGUGUGUGUGUGUGUGUGUGUGUGUGUGAAAAAAAAUACUGCAGAAUUCAUGAUAUUAUAUUCUUCUAAACUAGGAAGUUCAAAUAAUAUAUGUGAUAUUGUACUACUGACAUGUACUAUUCUUUUCCACAAACCUGAAUCCAAACCCCAAAAUCUGUGACACAUCACAUUAGUUUCAACUCCAGUUACAUUGUUGGAAACCUGACUUGUUUCCUGCUGUAGCUAUGUUGAGUAGAUAUUUUCUUCCGUGGGUUUAAUUCAAAGUCGCUUUUUCUAGCCCCCUUCUGUGUAGAAAUUCACCAAUGUGAAAUUCAGAGGGAUGUAAAUUCAUCAGUUGUUUUUGUGGAACAUAAGGCCAAAUAAUCAAACCGCUGUCCUGGGGGGCAUAGGAUAUACAUUGGAAUUCUGUGGUAUCACCUUUAACUUGUGUGCAUUUCACUUCAGCGUGCAAACACAUGAUGUACAUAUUUACCUAAUGCGUUCUUAUAAUAGAUUUAGCUAGUGGUUUGUGCCAUUAUUGUACCAUGGGACUGCCUCCUGAGAAACUUUUCUAUCUAUACAUUCCAAGUGGAUGCCUUGACUCGAGCCUUCUGUUACAGACUGAGGGAGACAGUUGUCAUAGUUCUUUGCAGUGCUUGUAAAGUGCGGCCUCCAUUAUUUUGUUCAGUGAAAACAAAUUCACUGUCCGGACAGGACAAUUACAUUGAGGCAGAAGGCUUCCUGCUGUGUGGGAACCCUUUCUUAUGGGCUUCAUGUGAUGGCUGGAGUUUGAGCUCCAUGUUUGUUUGGCCCUAACAAGGCUGUGUUUUGUAUAUAUAUAUAACGCCUUACAAUAUUUUAUAGGACAUAUAGGAUAUAUACAUAUAGGAAAGGAAACCGGCGCAUUACCAGAACGAGACAAUCCAUGCAUUUUUUUUCACAUGAACAUCAGAAAUACUCUCAGGCCUUUUGUGAAGGGACAUAUCCUCCAGUGUCUUUUAUGUUCCUUGGCCUGUAGUCACUUUCUCAGUCGCAACUUUAGGUAUCCGCUUAUGUAUACACACAACUAUUUUGACACUUUGAAGGACUUUAACACUAUAUUAUUUAAGACCCUCAUUGUUGAACUUGAUACUAAAAAACUAUGAAUUAAGCUGCUCCUGUUGUGUUAACUUGGACUACCUGAUAGAAAAUAAAAACCUUGGACAGGGUUAAGAAACAUGAAUUAUGUACACUUUUCAUUGACUCCUUAGCAUCUUUUUUUUCCAUGCAGUUAAAACAAAUAACACAUAUAAUCAUAAGGUAAACGCAAGAAGGCAGAGGGGAAGCUUUCAGCAACAUUGUGCUUUUUCUUUUUUUGUCCGUCUUCUGAAUUUCACCUCAUUUCCAUCUCGGCCCAUCAAGUGAACAUGCUGAUUAAACAUUCCAGUGGAAGUUUAAAAAAUGGAACUUCACUGAGGGCAGUUUGAAUUGAUAUGAAAAUUUGUUAUGUUGGUUGAUGUUUGUAUGAGUAAAAAGAGUGCAGAGUGACACAUGCCACGCAUUUUUAUUACUUCAGAUUUACUAUUGUGCAUUAGCUUGCUAUCCCUAGUCAUUACUACCAGAAUAUGAUAUUUUUGUUGUAAUGUUUGUUUCACCCUAGUUCCUAAGACAAAUUGAUCAGAAGGAUAUUGUGUGUUCAAUGUCUCAAAGUGGUUUUUAUUGUAUGCCUUGUAAAAGUGAUGGUGGGGUAAAUGCUGUAAUCUUAGUGUUUUGACAAGGUGGUCGUUGAACAAGUAGUCGUCGUAAUUGGUUUUGCACUGUUACAUUGAUAUGCACUAACAGAAGAGAAACAUACCUCAUUUUAUACAGAACAUAAAUUGUGCAAGAGUGCUAUUGUCCUUUGGGUACCUUUUGAAAACUGAAUAACGGCCAAAAGAAUUAUUUUAACAACAUGGUAGUGGUAUCUUAAACCAGCUAAAUAAUAUUAAUUUGUAAAAGUAUGAAAGGGUUGUUAACAUUUUUUUGGCUUAAAAUGAAAGUACAUUUGUUAAAAAAAUAUUACCACUUCAAUAGAACUUGCUGUAAUUUGAUAUAUUCAGGUUAGUGGUACACCUAAACCAGGCAAAAGGCUACCAGUAAAAAGGCCUGAGUACCAGCACACAGAUGAGGAAGAUGUGAAUUACAACGAUAGAUGCUGUCAUUUGAUUGGUCUAACAGAAGCAGUUUUUCUCAAAGUACAGAAGAAAAUAUGUAGACAACACUGGUACUCGACUCAAUCAGCAAAAAAUGGUGGAGGUGCACCCCUAAUUCAGGUAAUUAUUUUUCCAGUCCAGAGUCCAUCAUUUAACUACACAACUUUUCACAAAUACACUCAAACUUUGACAAACAAAAAAGGGGGAAAGGGUGCUUUUUAAGGCUUCAAUGUUGUCAUCUUUGUAGCAGAGGGAAAUGUUCAUUCUUGUUGCAUGAGACACACAUCCAGAGUGCUGAACAAUCUAAAGGGAGACGUUUUCUUUAAUGCAAUAUCAAACUCCCAGACUGUACUUUGUGGACUGAAAAGUUAGGCAGAGUAAAACUUUAUUAACGACCCCAGGAAUAUAAUUUCCACUGUACGGCCCAUUUUGUUUAUAUUUCACAUAAAACAUACAUGCAAAAGGAGUUUGUGAAUAUGGGAGGUUACUCAUUUGUGUUGAUUUCAAUGUUCAUCUAUUUACAUAAAUGACCAAAUAAUGUAUGUAGCCUUUCACAGUCACAUAAUGUAUAUGGUGAUAAAUAUAUAUAUACAUAUAUAUAACAAAAUGCCUUAUAGACGAGGGACAUUCAACCUGAUUAAAAGUACCUGGAUAUUAAAAGACUAAAGAUCAA